CGCCCAAACUAUUUCCGUCGGGAGGCGGAAGGCGUCCCGGAUGGUCUCGCGCGCGGCCUGUGCGAGGUGAACCCUGAGGCUGCUGGCGGUCCCGCGCCGAGGUCUGUCUCAUGCUGCGGGCUGCGGCCGCCGGCCUCCGCUCGCACCAGCGGCGCUGAGGCGCCGGAGCCGCGCGCGCCAUGUCGUCGGGUCUCCGCCCCGGCGACUUCCCCCGCUGGAAGCGCCACAUCUCGGAGGAGCUGAGGCGCCGGGACCGGCUGCAGAGGCAGACGUUCGAGGAGAUCAUCCUGCAGUACAACAAGUUGCUGGAAAAGUCGGAUCUUCAUUCAGUGUUGGCCCAGAAACUACAAGCUGAAAAGCAUGACCCACCAAACCGGCAUGAGCUAAGUCCUGGACAUGAUAGUGCAUGGAAUGACAGCCAGCUGCAAGAAAUGGCCCAGCUGAGAAUUAAACACCAAGAAGAGCUGACUGAAUUACACAAGAAACGUGGGGAGUUAGCUCAGCUGGUGAUCGACCUGAAUAACCAGAUGCAGCAGAAGGACCGGGAGAUGCAGGUGAAUGAGGCAAAAAUUGCAGAAUGCUUGCAGACUAUCUCUGACCUGGAGACCGAGUGCCUGGAUCUGCGGACUAAGCUUCAGGACCUGGAAAUAGCCAAUCAGACCCUGAAGGAUGAAUAUGAUGCCCUGCAGAUCACGUUCACUGCCUUGGAGGAGAAACUGAGGAAAACCACGGAGGAGAACCAGGAGCUGGUCACCCGGUGGAUGGCUGAGAAAGCCCAGGAAGCCAAUCGCCUCAACGCAGAGAAUGAGAAGGACUCCAGGCGGCGGCAAGCCCGGCUGCAGAAGGAGCUCGCGGAAGCCGCAAAGGAGCCUCUGCCGGUGGAGCAGGACGAUGACAUUGAAGUCCUCGUGGAUGAAGCCUCUGACCACACUGAGGAGACCUCUCCCGUGCGAGCCGUCAGCAGAGCAGCCACUAAGCGACUCUCGCAGCCUGCUGGAGGCCUUCUGGAUUCUAUCACUAAUAUCUUUGGUCUGUCCGAGUCUCCCCUUUUGGGACAUCAUUCCUCUUCUGAUGCUGCCAGGAGACGCUCAGUCUCUUCCUUCCCAGUCCCCCAGGAACAUGUGGAUGCUCACCCGGGUUCUGGUAAAGAAGUGAGGGUGCCAACCACUGCCCUGUGUGUCUUUGAUGCCCAUGAUGGGGAAGUCAACGCUGUGCAGUUCAGUCCAGGUUCCCGCUUACUGGCCACAGGAGGCAUGGACCGGAAAGUAAAGCUUUGGGAAGCGUUUGGAGACAAAUGUGAGUUUAAGGGUUCCCUGUCUGGCAGUAAUGCUGGCAUCACCAGCAUUGAAUUCGACAGUGCUGGUUCUUACCUCUUAGCAGCUUCCAAUGAUUUUGCAAGCCGAAUCUGGACUGUGGAUGAUUAUCGAUUACGGCACACACUCACGGGACACAGUGGGAAAGUGCUCUCUGCCAAGUUCCUGCUGGACAACGCACGGAUCGUGUCGGGAAGUCACGACCGGACCCUCAAACUCUGGGACCUGCGCAGCAAAGUCUGCAUAAAGACAGUGUUUGCAGGAUCCAGUUGCAAUGAUAUUGUCUGCACAGAGCAGUGUGUAAUGAGUGGACAUUUUGACAAGAAAAUUCGUUUCUGGGACAUCCGAUCAGAGACGAUCGUCCGAGAGAUGGAGCUGUUGGGGAAGAUUACUGCCCUGGACUUGAACCCAGAAAGGACCGAGCUCCUGAGCUGCUCCCGUGACGACCUGCUCAAAGUUGUUGAUCUCCGAGCGAAUGCUGUGAGGCAGACAUUCAGUGCGCCUGGAUUCAAGUGCGGCUCUGACUGGACCAGAGUUGUCUUCAGCCCCGAUGGCAGUUACGUGACAGCAGGCUCGGCCGACGGCUCGCUCUACGUGUGGAGUGUGCUCACGGGGAAAGUGGAGCAGGUGCUAACGAAGCAGCACAGCUCAUGCAUCAAUGCGGUGGCAUGGUCCCCCUCCGGCCUCCACGUGGUCAGUGUGGACAAAGGCAGCAAAGCCGUGCUGUGGGCACAGCCGUGAUGGACCUCCCGGGAGAAGCACAGGACUCUGCAGCUCUGGCCUGGUGAAUGUGUGUCUGCCCGGAGAAGGGCUCAGGCCAAGGCUCAGUGGCCUUUUGAACAGGAUUUCCUAGAAUCUUGACUGAGGUCUGUAAUGGCCCGGAAGAAUCACACUGAAACAAUCUGACCCUGUGGUCGCUCAGCAGAGGUUCAGGUUCCUGCCUUGCUUCCAGUGGGAAACACUACUAGCUCUGAUCUUCCAUACCUCAUUGGGCAGGGGAGCACAGGCCCCUGCUAGGUCUCCUCACUGGACAGCAGUGCCAAAAACACCCGACCUGUCCAGGCGUCGGUUCGCUCUGUGCUUUCUCCUGGCCUUCCAGUCUGUUCUCACCCAAUGCAUGCUCCCCCCUUGGGCUCGUUUGCUCCAUGAAAUCGCUUUAAACCUAAGAUUAAUGGGACCCCAGCCCAGGGCCCGUCCUGAUGCUGAGACCCUGGGGUUGGGCCAGGGCUUCUGUGCAGAUCACGUCUGACCCCUCGGAAGCUCCUGACGUCCCUGCAGCUGUUCUGCAGAGCUUGACUCACUGUCCCAGCACAUCUGCGUAUCUAUUUCCUGAUCAAGAAAUAAACACCCAUUUGGCUUCUAAGUAGAGGAGGAAGCGUGGAAACCUCCUGCCAGAGUGGAUUCACUGCGGUGUGAGGAGCGUGCUCCUGUGUCGCUCGGCUCAUGCUCAGAAGGCGGCUGCACACCACGUCUGCUGUGGCAAGGGGCGUGACGCCUCAGCCACACUGCCGUGCCCCGGGCUGCAGAGCAGGAAGCCGCGUCCGGGAAGCGCCGGGCCAUCUUCCCGGUGCAGGAGUUGCCGUGAAAGCCAGGAAAAGAUGCCCGUCUUUACCUGUGCGUUAGAUUGCAGUUCUGGGUGUCUGAAGCACCAGUGUUUGUAUCACUUUUUAAUUUGCACUUUAUUUUCCCCUCCCUCACUUUGUUCUCUGCACAGUUGGGGAUUGAGUGAUGGCCUGGGGGUGAGGAAUGAGGCCUGGGGCGGCCUCUCUAGCCUUCCCCUCUCCUGCCCACAUCGCCCCUCUGCGGUUUGCCCUUAGAGGAGUUGUGUUCACGUUCAGGGGAGCUGAAAUUCAAAGGCCAGGGCACAUCAUUUAUUUAUUUAAUUAUGUUGCCCACAAAACUUGAUUGUAAAUAAAGAAAAAUCUUAUAUACUUUUCAAA